AAAACUCUCUGAACAGCUCCGAGCUGGGGCUGGCUAGGACUCAGACUGUUUGCCUGGGCGAGUCUGUUUCUGAGUCUGUGCCGCCUCCCUUAAGGGGACGUUUCAGCUGGCAGGGAACUUCCCUUCCGAAUGGGACUGGGGCACCUAGGUGAUCUGGGGUUCAGCAUCGUCCUCAGCUCAGGGAAGCUCAGGGCUACAGCUCUAAGGCAGGGAGAAGGGGUUCGGAUGCUGUUCCUACUGCUGCUGUGGAUUUGGCUCCUGACGUCUCCCUUCUCGGUGUCCGGGAACCAAUGCUCCUUGCUCAGGGACUUUUCUCGGGGCUACUACAAAGACGGGGACUUGGUGAUUGGAGGGCUCUUCUCUCUGAAUAUAUUUUCAGGUAUUCCACCAAGCUUUUCCAGCUAUCCUUCUUGGUUCAAUACAAAAUUUGUCCGCGCUGGCAAACACUACCAACACGUCCUGGCCCUGGUGUUUGCCGUGGAGCAGAUCAACAAAGACCCCAGCCUCCUGCCCAACAUCUCCCUGGGAUUCCACAUCUCCGAUAAUUUAUUCCGGGAGAGGCUGGCCGUGGAACAGUCUCUAAUCCUGCUUUCGGGCGCGGGCCGGACAGUUCCCAAUUACAACUGCGAAGCGCGGCGCAAGCUGGUGGCCGUUAUCGGUGGGGUCAAAGCCUCCUUGUCCCUGGCCAUGACCAAUAUCCUCGGAUUCCACAAGCUCCCCCAGAUCACUUACGGCCCCUUUGACGCCGACCUGAGGGAUUCGGGGCAGUUCCCCUCCCUCUACCAGAUGGCCCCCAGGGACAGCGCUCAGCAGCGGGGAAUAGUCCGACUGUUGGUGCAUUUUGGUUGGACCUGGGUCAGCCUAGUGGUCUCCGAUAAUGUUCAAGGUGAAAGGUUCGCCCGGACCCUGAGGGGAGAGAUGGCCACACACGGUGUCUGUGUGGCCUUAACAGAACAGAUUCCUGAAACUAAAUACUACGGAACAAUGGGAAUAAGGCGUUUGUAUACUAAAAUGGAUUCUAAUUUUGUCAACGUGGCCAUUAUCUAUGGAGACAUAGACUCACUCCUCUUGUUUAAAUGGACUCUCAGUAUGGUUGAUGAAUCUGGGAAGAUUUGGAUCACCACAGCUCACUGGGACGUCUCCGUCAGGAUUGAUUAUGAACGGCAAAAUGUUGCCUUCUGCGGCUCCUUGUCAUUUUCCACCCACACCAGUGAGAUUCCUAAAUUCCAGGAUUUUCUCCAGACGGUUCACCCUUUGAAAUACCCCGAUGACAUUUAUCUCAAGAAUUUCUGGAAGGCUUAUCUACAUUGUCAAUAUCCUGUUGGAAGCUUUGAACCAGAAGAGGUGAAUGUCUGCCAAGGAAAUGAGAGCAGUCAAGAUAUUCCUGAAAUAUUUGCAGAUUUGCAGCUGUCAGGCGUGAGUUACACCGUGUACGGUGCUGUGUACGCAGUGGCCCGUGUGCUCCACGCAAUGUUCUUAUUGAGGUCAGAAAUGGAAAUGGCCGAGACAGGAGACACCGUGAGACUUCUGCCAUGGCAGCUCCACUCCUUCCUGAGUCGCACUGGUUCAACACCAGCACUGGGGACGAGCGGCAUUUUGGCGGAAACAACCAGGCCGUCCUGA